GCGGGGUGCGGGUCCGGGCGCUCGGUGCGUUAUUCCCGGCGGUGUUCCCGGUAACAUUCCCGGCGGCCCCCCUUGCUGCCAUGGAGCUCUCCUGCGAGACGCUGAGAACCACCCACCAGGCGAGAGAAGCGAGGAGCAGAAGCUUGGAGCCUCUUUUUCUGAUUAGUGACUUGAAGAACCACCUGAAGCUGCCAAGAGGAUUUUUUCCUUCUUGUUCCUAGUCACAACUUCUUUGAUGGGGCUCUUUUGGGAUGUAAAGGUUCAUUUUUCCCUCUGUUUGGUCAGCACAAGCAGAAGAACAUUGCUGUGUCAAGGCUGAAGUAGGUGGCUCACAGACACAAUGUUAUCCUACCCCCAAAGCAAGUCUGUACUUAAAUUAUUUGAGGUGUUGCCAAUCACUGUACCACUAUUUAUACUAGAAUUUAAAAUGCUUUGGGGAUUUCAGAAGUAACAAAAGGGGAUGAACAGCAGCAGAUGACAUGCCAGAACACAAAUUCUUUUCAAGGAAAGUUCCAGCCAUGGAUCAUGAACCCUGUCAGUCCAUCAGGCAGAGAUGAAGCUUCACUGAAUGAAGAAGAGGAUGUUUUAUGCUGCCUUGUUUUUAUUGCUGAGCAAUUUGUGAAUGACUUUGGGUUCUCCACUCUGUGCCAAGACAUCCUUGAGACUGACUCCAUGUUGAAUUUCUCCAUGUUGGCUCCCGAUUUUGGCCUAUGAAAUGGGAGGUGUCAGCAAGUGUUAGAGCUGGUCUUUGCAGCAGAGUCACAGAUUCCAGACCUGUUCCCCAGCCCCCCUUCUCCAGGCACUCAGAGAACAGGUUUCUGGUUGCAAGGAAAGGACAGGAUGGAGCACAAGGUUUCCUUGCACAGUCCCUGAAGCACUGAGGUCUGCAAGAGUCCUGCACUGAAAUUCACAGCAGUCUGAACAUGUUGGGAGCCAUAACCAUAGAGGAAAUGCGAACAGAAGCUCGUCGGAAAAAUCUCCUCAUUCUAAUUUUGCACUAUUUAAUCGAGGAAGGAUAUGUUGAUGCUGCAAAUGCAUUGGAACGAGAGACAAAAUUAGGUUUACGUGGCUUUGAAGUUUGUGACAACGUUGAUCUUGAGACAAUUUUGAUGGAAUAUGAAAGCUACUAUUUUGUAAAAUUUCAGAAGUAUCCUAAAAUUACCAAAAAGGUCCUCGACACUGAAAAUAAACAACAGCUGAGAAGUGGAGGAAGAGCAAGAAGGACAGCAGUUUCUUCUCAGAAUGUACCAAGAGUCAAACAACAGACAGUGCAACGAUCAGCAUCAAAAACUUCACCUGGGAAUACAGGAGAACCUAAAUCCUCCACCAAGGACAGCCCCAGACAGGAUAGUGAUGGUGUAGAUACUCUGGAUCAAUCUGAUUUUGGUUUAAGCAUCUCAGGAAUCAGCAAAACUGGAGGAGACAGCUCUCACCCAAGAAAGCGCCAAGUAGUUGACUGCUGCAAGAUGAUUUAUGAUGCUGUCAGGUUGUCACGAGAUGGAAUUCCCUUGAACAGCCUUAAUUGUGAUCCAGAUCCAUCAGAACGAUUAUUGAAACCUGUUAGUGCUUUUAUUGGCAUGACUGGUGAGAUGAGGGAACUUGCAAUGGUUGUAAGCAAAGACAUUUAUCUCCAUAAGCCAAAUGUGAAGUGGGAUGAUAUCAUAGGACUGGAUGCAGCUAAAAGGCUGGUCAAGGAAGCAGUUGUUUACCCCAUAAAGUAUCCAGAGCUGUUCACUGGCAUUCUGUCCCCUUGGAAAGGAUUAUUGCUGUAUGGACCACCAGGUACUGGAAAAACUUUGCUUGCUAAGGCUGUUGCCACAGAAUGCAAUACAACCUUUUUCAAUAUAUCAGCAUCCACCAUUGUCAGCAAAUGGAGGGGUGAUUCAGAAAAACUUGUCCGGGUGUUGUUUGAGCUCGCCCGGUACCACGCUCCUUCCACGAUUUUCCUGGAUGAGCUGGAGUCAGUUAUGAGUCAAAGAGGCACUGCUCCUGGUGGUGAACAUGAAGGAAGUCGGCGGAUGAAAACAGAAUUACUGGUGCAGAUGGAUGGCUUGGCCCGAUCUGAUGAUCUUGUAUUUGUUUUAGCAGCUUCCAAUCUGCCAUGGCAAAUGGACCUAAGUGGGUCCAUUCCCCUCUCACAUGGAGAAGAGCACAGGCUUGGGUCAGAACAGGAGAAGACAGCAGUCCUGUUUCCAGGGAACUUCAAGCCAUGGUCUGGGAGUCAUUUGUUGGAGCCCAGUGGGAGGUGUUCCUGGAAUGACCUCGUGGGAGCAGCAGUUCAGCAGCAUUUCAAGUGGCAAAACUUGAAAUUUGACUUUAAGGGACCUGCCCUGAAGGAAAGCAGUCAGUCUGUGUUGGAACAAGAGUGGCAGCUGGGGUGUUCACUUUUUAAUCUUUUAUACCUGAGAGUAUGGAACUUCCUUUUGGACUUUCUCUCUUGUCUGGUGGAAAUGUUCCUACCACAGAGAAAAUGCUUUAAGAAGAGGCUGGGCAAAUGUUUAGAAAGGUGUUUGAGACGGGUGGAAAGCCUGGUGAAAGCCUGAGCUUUCACAUCACUGGGGUUCUCCAGCCUUGAGGAAUUUGGGAUUAUCUGCCUCCAGAGAGGUCAGCAGGUUUUAAACCUCUUUUAGGAUCCCAACUAUAUAUUUACAGAUUAUUUUUAUGAGUACUAGGUGACAUUUAGCCCUGCUGUCAGACCUAGACUUGAUCUCCACAGGAAUAUUUCACAACAAAAUUUUAAAAGACCUACUGCUACCUAAGCUGUGGCUUCACAGCACUGCCCUGUGCCCUUGCAAACAUUUGUUGUUAAGCUGGAUUUCAAGAGAUUUGUUUAACAUAGAUAUUUAUUGAUCAGGGGAAAAAAAAUUAGUACCAAGCUGCUUUUAGAAGAAUGAAAAGAAGCCUAAACAAAGCUCUUUACACUGUCCUAAGCUGCACUGCAGUUAUUGAUCCCCCUCUUCAGCCUGUUCUUGCUGCCCAGCCCUGCUUUCUCCUGCUCAUCUGCAAGGUGUUUCUAUUAACACAUUGCUUGUUGAAAUGAUUGGAUGUAAUUAAAUAAAAUAAAGGCCUUGUUAGUGAAGGAAUAAAGAGAACCUUAAUCAUGUA